AUGUAUACGAAUCCUGUCCUAUUCGCUCGAAUGCUUAUUAACAAUCGACGUUUGUGGAUACCAUGUAUGAUUCUUUGUGGUCUAUGUGCUGCUACUCUUGUACUAUAUCAGUCAGACAAUAAUAGACAUAAUGUCGAAACAUAUAUUUCUAGUCAAACAUCACAAGAUUUUUCAUUUUCAUCUGCAAAUUCAUUAACAUAUGACGAUGUCAAAUUAUUACUAGAUCAAUUAUUUGAUUCUCAAAUGUCACUUAGUGGUGUCCAAUCUAUAUGGAAUAAACUUAUAGAAGUUUGGCGUGGAAUAUUAACAAAAUUUGUACAUGAUGCUUGUGAUUUAUGUCAUCAUAAUGGUUCUUAUUGUUAUGAUUCUAUUGAUAUAACACGUUAUGUACAUUAUAUCAAUGAAUCAUUUUAUCCUAUUAAUGAAAUAAAACGUCCAGUUGGUAUGGGUCUAUAUUAUCAUUUUGAUUUAAAAACUUUACGUUCAGUUAAUAAUUCAAUCUUACCAACAGAUGUUUCACCAUGUGAUUAUUUUCAUAUGUUACAAUUAAUGAUCAAUGUUCAACUUAUAUUACAUCAAGCACAAAUUAAAUAUUUUCUUACUAAAGGUACAUUAAUUGGUGUUCUUCGUCAUCAUGAUGUUAUACCAUGGGAUACAGAUAUUGAUUUAUUUAUUCCACAAUCGGCUACAAAUAAAAUUCUUACAUCAUUUCGUCAAUUAGAGAUACCCGUGAUUAAAGGUGUAUCAACAACAACAACAACCACAACAACCGAAAGUAGCGGAAUAAGAUUAUCUAAAGAUCGACCAUCAUUUCAUAAAGAUUUAGUUGUAUAUCGUUUUAAAAAUAUUUAUAAAGUUACAUCCUAUAAAAUAUUUUCACUUCGUUCACCCAUUGUUAAUCGUACGAAUUAUCGUUGGCCUAAAAUUGAUAUAUUUCCUUAUGAAGAAAAUGCAACGCAUAUCUAUGCAUAUCCAAAACAUCAACAUAAUCUUGGUACAAUGUAUUAUUUAGCUAAAACUAAUGUUGAUCCAGUAUAUUUACGUGUAUUAGGUCCAUUACUUAUACCUAGUCCACGUCAUCCACGUUUAUCACUUAAAUCAAUGGUUCGAUUAGGUCGUUCAAGUGUAUUUUUUGCUUGUGAAGGUAAUACGUUUUUACAUCGUUAUAAUCGUGGACCAACAGAUAAUUGGCGUGUACCAUGUAAAGAAUUACAUAAAACAUAUCCAUUUGUUAAAAGUGAACGUAAUGCAACACAUAGUUUAUGUUUUGAAGAACUUAAAUAUCCUCAAUCAAAUAGAAAUUUAAGUUUAUAUAAAUAUCGUUGCGAAGAAGAUUUACCAAGAACGUUAUAG